AGUUAACUUGUAAUGGAUAAACAUGACUUCAAUGAGGUUACAAUAGAUACAUAUAAAAAAUGGAAACAUAUAUUUGGAAAAUUUAAUUUAAGUAUACGAAAAUCUAAAACAAAUACAAAUAUUUAUAAUGAUGAGAAUCCUAAUCAAUUCAUUAAACGAUUUAGUAAAUCAUUCCGAGAAUCGAAAUGGAAAACAAGAGAUAAUAUGAAUUCAUUAAAAUGUACUAAAGAAAUGGAAGAAAAGAAUAAACAAUUCGAUUUUGAAAAGCCUGAGUCAUACAAAGAGACAAAUUCUAUGAAGUGUAAUCCAUACUUUCAACGUACAUCUCAAAAUCGGUUUUAUAGUAGUAUGUAUAACCGCAAGUGCACCACUGAAUUUGUACGAAAUUCAAAAUAUUUAUUUGGAUCUCAAGAAAUAUCACCAAAAACCAAGCUAGCUCAAUAUGAUGUAAAUAUGGAGUUAAUGAAUAAAUUCCGAAUACUUGAAAUACGUGAACUGGAAAGAGAACCGGUUAAUCGAAUGAAAGGAUGUAGAACUUCAGAAAAAUGUGUACAAACAUCACUAGUCGAAGAGCAGACCACAUUAACUGAGGAAAUGAAAGAUGUUACUAGCGAGCCAUCACCAUCUUCACAGUACUCUUCUGGUUACGUUUCAGAAGUCACAAAUUUAUUGAGUUCUCCAAAUUCUCUUGGAAGACCUGAAGUUGUAGAAAAGAAUAAUGAAAGUUUUGUGAAUACUCCAAAUAAACACCAUGCGGUUGAACCGCUUACAACUCCAAUAAACAAAUCUAACCAACCUUACGACAACGGAUGCUUCAAAAUACCACCACCACCUCCACCCAUGUUUCUGCCACCCACAUCUGUUUCAUCAGCUUCAGGUUCUUUGACUCACACUAUUCCUGAAUCUCCAAUGCCGUACAAUAUGAAGCCGAAAAGAACGUUUUCUGCUCCGUUUAGGCUGAAGAAGGCCUGUGUAUCUCCAUUGAGCAAAUCUCGUUUGAAAGAAAAUUCUGUAUGGGUAUUUAUUGAUGAUAGUGAUUUAUUGAGUGAAGAAUUCGUCCGUCAACUUCAUAGAAGAUUUCGGAUCAAAGGAAAUAAAGCAAUGUCAUCAGAUAAAUUGGAAAUAGACUGUGGGAAUACUGUAACAUCUUUAUUCAAUACCCCAGGUUCAAAAACUAGCCAAAACCCACGAUUAUCAAUACAUUCGAAUGCAAACACGUCUAUAAGGAGAUCAAUACGUUUCGGAUCUCAGAGUCUUGCCUCUCGUACUCAAACAUUGGAUCUAUUGCCAGUGAAAGCAGCUCAGGCGAUAGCCAUAGCUAUGGCAUCAGCGCAUUUGAAUCCAGAGGACGUAGCUCGAUCUAUUAUUGAACUAAAGACAACAGUUAACCUUCGUCGCAGCAAAUCCUUUCCAAAUGAGAAUACAAAACAUAAAAGUGAAGAUAAAUCGAGUUUCUUGACUAGUACAACCUCGUUUCAGUCGAUACCUGAAACUUUGUUAGAUACCCUAAUCAACUUUACACCCCAGAUGGACAUCAUACUAAAACUGUCUGAAUGUCAGUUGGAAACCUCGAAUCUCAUUGAAGCAGAGAAACUCCUUUACAUGAUAUCUCAACUUCGUCAUCGACUACCUGCUCAUCUCCAUGCUUUACGUAUGCUUCUCCAAUUUGAUACAACUGUUGAUCAAUUAAAGCAGGCACUUUCAUCUGCAUGUAAAUGUCUUCUCGAGAUAAGAAAUUCUAAUUCCUUCCGUCAUGUCCUUUCAUGUGCGCUAGCUUUGAUUAAUGCUUUAAAUGCCACUAGACAAUGCUCAGUUAAUGAAUCUAGUCAGUUACUAUCUGCUCACUCAGGCCUAACAGCUUCACAUGGAUUCAUAAAACGUAAACCUUUUCUUGGCUUUGAAGUUAGAAAUCUAGUCCGACUGGCUGAUACUCGUGAUAUAACUAACCAAAGGAAUUUAAUUCAUUAUUUAGUAGAAUUAAUGGAACUCAAUUUUACUGAGGAAGCUCAUUCAUGGUCUGAUGAAAUGCCUACAUUAGAUGCUGCACAAAGUUUAUACUGCGCAAAAACAAUUGAAGAGAAACUGGUCGAAACGAAACGUGAUGUUGCUCGUUUAGAAAUAGAUUUAAGAGGAGUUGGUGGAGUCGCAAAUUCAAACAACACGGAAUGGGUUAUCAAAUCUAAUUCAGAUCCUAAAUCAGAUGCUUUUAAAGCAAAUUUAUGUUUUGGUUUAGUGGUGGGACAAUUUUUAGCUCAUGCAAUGCAAGAAUUAAAGUUACUGAGUGAAUUACACAAAACAUUUACCGAAAGAUAUAACGAGUAAGAACGAAUAGUUUACUGUUCACCAGACCUUUGCUCGUAUUUAUCAGUAGUAUGUUUUCAUAAGCGUUCAAUAUUAUAGUGUGAUUAAUUUACGGAUGAAUUGAGUGAAUACAAUAUCGAAACUUUAUUUUAUGGUUUUAUUACAAAAUGCUGUCAAAAUGUCAUCACAUCACUUAUGUAUACACACAUUCUGUUAUCUUAACACUUUUUCGUUUCAUAUCACAUGCUUUGUCCUUAUGUGUACAAUAACAAGUUUGUCUUAACCUUGAAUUUGCCUUGUAAUCCUUAAGUCAUUCUAUGGCCUAGGAUAACACGACAAUUCCUUAUUCUUUCUCUUCCCUUGAUUAUUUUUUAAUUGAACUUUUAUUUGGUUGACCUUUAUUAUUUUCAUAUAAACAUGUCUCUUACACAUUAAUGCAAAUACCUAUUUAUAAAAUCCUUCACGUUGAUUAGAUGACUUAUUCAGUAUACAGUAAACCGAAGAACCAUGUACCUAUUUGUAUUCGAUAAUUUUGUUGUUUGAUUAUAUUUUCCUUGAAAAAGCUUGGACCAGAUUGUCAGGCGAAACAUUGGAAUUACUUCAAAUUAUUUCGCUAAGAUUUUACAAAUAUAUAUUAUUCCUCUUUAAUGACUCACAUUAACUCGGCGCCCAAAUAUUGUGAAACUAUUCGUUCAAAUUUAGUAGAUACUGUUUGAUAAUGUUUAAAAUGCAACAAUGCUCAUGACUGAUUCCUAAAAAAAACAAAAAAAAAUAUGAUUCUACCAUCUCUUAGCAUACUCUAGUUUCCAUAAUCUUAUUUAUAGUGAAUGGAACAAUAUUUUUAUGUUAUUUAUAUAUUUACAUUUCUUUUUUUCUCUUCUUUUUAAUGCUUCUGUUGAUAAUAGGUUGCUAAUUAUCUUGCUUUAGAUCAAGCAAAAUAUACUGCUGAUGAACUAUUUAAUGAUCUGAAAACAUUUAGAGAACUUUAUCGUAAAGCUUGUAUAUCUAAAUAAAUAAAAAAGUUGGAUUUGAUAGUUAUCAUAUGAAAAUAAUGUAUUAUCUAGUUGUAUUAUAAUGAACUCUUAAAGGUAAAAGUUAUUUUAUUCACUAUAUUGUAUACAAUUUCCUAUUUUGAACUUUUAAGCCUAAUGAUCA